AUGCGUGACUUCAGCAGCGCUGGCAUCGACUAUUAUGGCGUAUUGGAGAUAGAAAAGCAUGCCUCCGACAGGGAAAUCAAAGAAUCUUACCGGCGGCUAGCUUUGAAAUACCACCCAGUGCGCAAUCGGGAUCACUUCGAAAAGGAACCUCAGCGAUUUCAGCAGCUAUGUGAGGCCUACGACGUCUUGAGCUCGUCCCUGUACCGAACGAUCUACGACCAGUACGGUGAGGCUGGCUUGAAGCGGGGCGUGCCGCGCCCGGAAGGAGGAUUCUACGACCCAUACGUCUACUGCGGCGAACCGGAGGAGACUUUCCGCGAAUUCUUCGGCACCAACAGCCCCUAUGCAGACAUAAUCGACAACAUCAAAAAGCCGCUUUCGCACUACCAGGGUGACGACGGCACGUGCCAGCGCAAAAAGGCGCCGGACCUGGUGACGCCACUGGUGCUAAGCCUGCAGGAGCUCUACACCGGUUGCCUGAAGAAGGUGCGCGUCAGCCGACGCGUGCUGGACGACAGUGGCACCAAUACCACCCUCUGCGAGAAGAUUCUCACACUGCACAUUGAGCCUGGUUGGCCUGCCGGCAAAACGAUCACCUUCCGCGAGGAGGGCGACCAGGGUCCCAACAUCAUCCCCGGCGACCUCGUGUUCGUGCUGGAGGACGCCGCCCACGCGCAGUUCGAACGCGACGGCCACGAUCUGGUGUACCUGAUGCGCGUGCCGCUGGUACACGCGCUUACCGGCUGCAGCGUGGACGUCGAGACCCUGGACGGACGGCUGUUACACGUAGGGUACCACUCCAAGAACAUGCAAAUGUCCGUCUCCGAGAUAUGUGACAAGGGCACAGUGGUCCACCUGCUUGGACACGUGAUAGGACUGGUGCAUCAGCACUCCAGGCCCGACCGUGACCGUUUCCUGCACAUCCAGUUCCACAACACAGCGCUGGAGGAUGUCCUCUUCCUCAACUAUAAGGAUUACGACAAGUGCCCGUACGACUACCGGUCCGUCAUGCACUACGACAUGUACGGGCUGAGCUACAACGGCGAGAGUGUCUUCCUUGGCAGAUCAGAGGACAAGAAAGUGGACGGGCUGGUGCUGUCUUCUGCCAUUGGGACCGAUUGGACCAAGCCGUCCGACAGCGACGCGGCCCUCGUCAACCGCGAGUACGGCUGCCCGCUCAAAAGUGCAGCGACCUCAAGCCGCAACCGCCAAAGUGCAAUCAGGACGUUCGCGCGGAUCAAGUGCACUUCGAACGGAGCGUCACCUUCAAGAGCAUGA